GAGUGGAGUUGUGGUUUUGUUUUGUAAACAGAGGCAGCUUGUAAAAAGGCGUUACUGAGUUAAAACCUAACCAGAAUACUUUGAACAAGAAACUUACUAGAAUCGUGUUACUCUGUUAGGAAAGAGACGAACGAGAAAACCGCGUCAACAUGUCAGCAGAAGCGCCGAUUGAAAAUAUGAUGGAGAAGCCAGGCCUGGGUGAAGUGAACGGUAAGCCAAACCACGAUGCAAGUCGAAAAGAAAGGCCCCUGAAGCGAGCAGGCGUCAGUCGUUUUGAACCCUACGGGGGGAACCCGUCCAACAGGAGAUUCCGAGUGUUUGUCAGCAACAUCCCUUUCGAUGUGAAAUGGCAGGCUCUGAAAGACCUGAUGAAGGAGAAAGUGGGUGAGGUAACAUACGUGGAACACUUAAUGGACGCGGAAGGCAAAUCGAGGGGUUGUGCGGUUGUAGAGUUUAGAACUGAAGAGCUAAUGAAAAAGGCGGUGGAGAAGGUCAAUAAACACAACCUGAACGGACGGCCUCUUAAAGUGAAAGAGGACUUGGAUGGAGAGUUUGCUCGCCGGGCUGUGCAGCGAGCUCCUGGUGGCCCCCCUGGUGGUAUGGGGAUGGGAAUGGGCCCUGGUCCUGGUCCUGGUGGGCCCCCAAUGGUCAACAUUCCCCCUAGCCUCAUGAACAACCCCAACAUCCCCAGUGAGCUGCUCCAUGGGCUUCAGGCUGGCAGGAUUGGGAGCACCAUCUUUGUUGCCAAUUUGGACUACAAGGUGGGCUGGAAGAAGCUGAAAGAGGUGUUUGGCAUGGCAGGAAUUGUGGUGCGUGCGGAUAUCUUGGAGGACAAGGAUGGGAAGAGCAGAGGGAUGGGCACAGUCACCUUUGAGAUGCCCAUCGAAGCUGUGCAGGCAAUCUCCAUGUUCAAUGGCCAGCAGCUCUUCAACAGACCCAUGCAUGUUAAACUGGAUGAAAAGUCCUUGCCAAAGGGAGGUGACUUUCCACCUCAGGAAAGAGCUCCACAGCUUCCUCGUGGCCUCAGUGGAAUUGGGUUGGGUCUUGGACCUGGUGGACAGCCCAUUGGCUCUAACCAGAUGAACAGAGGAGGUGGAGGAGGUGGAAUGGGCAACAUGGGACCAGGGCCGGGACCUGGAGGUAUGGAUGGAAUGGGCUAUGGAAACAUGGGCAGAAUGGGAGGCAUGGACAGCUCCUAUGGCGGUGGUGGCAUGAGUGGUAUGGAUCGUUUUGGACCAUCUGGAAUGGGGAGGAUGAGUGAAAUGGACCGUGGAAUGGGAGGAGGCUUUGAUAGAGAAUUUGGCAGGACUGAUAUGGGCAUGUCUCGUGGUUACGGAGAUUCUUUUGACCGAGGAAUGGGAGGCUCUCUGGGUAUGGAUCGCAUGGGCUCAAGUCUGGAUCGUCUGGGCUCGGGAAUGGACCGGAUGCCAGGGCUAGACAGAGUUGGAAUGGGCAUGGACAGGAUGGACCGUGUCUCUGAUCUGGACAGGCUUGGUUCUGGGUUAGACCGGCUGGGGCCCAGUAUGGACCGCCUUGGAUCUGGCCUGGACCGUAUGAGCUCCAGUGCGGACCGUCUGGGCCCUGCUGGGUAUGACCGUCUGGGCCCGUCCAGUUUAGAGCGAAUGGGUUCUGGAAUGGAUUACAUGGCCCCCCUGGGCAUGGAUAGAAUGAGCUCCAGUCUUGACCGCAUGGGCUCCAGCUUUGACCGUCUGGGGGCCACAGGCUUGGAUCGCUACCCCAGCACUGGGCUUGACCGCAUGGGUUCAAGCCUGGACCGCAUGGGCUCUGCAGGUGUGGGAGCUGGGUUUGAUAGGCCUGUAGAACUAGACCGCGGUGGCUUCGGCAAUGCCUAUACUGGUGCAGGAGUUGGAGGACCUGGGGUAGGGCCAGGAGCCAAUCCCAGAAAGGGUUGCCAGAUCUUUGUCCGAAAUCUUCCUUUUGACUUUACCUGGAAAAUGCUGAAGGACACCUUUAGCUCAUGUGGCCACGUGCAGUAUGCCGAUAUUAAAAUGGAGAAUGGGAAGUCGAAGGGAUGUGGGGUGGUUCGCUUCGAGAAUCCGGAGACCGCAGACCGGGCCUGCAGGCUGAUGAACGGCACGCGGCUGAGCGGGAGGGAGAUUGACGUCCGGAUCGACAGGAAUGCAUAAACCCAUAUCCCUGGCAACCGGCUACCCUUCUCUCCUCGCCCCCUCCCCCCCAUAUUUUGGUGAUUUGUGUCAGUUUAAAAUAUAUUUUUAUUUUAAACUUUAUGCUUGCUUCACAAUUUGUGACCAAAUUAUUAUUUUUUUUAAACUGGUAUUUUAAUUGCUUUUUUUUUUUUAAAUUUUCCAAAAUGGAUAAAUUGAUGCAUUUUGACAUCUUUGUUUCUGUAAGCAGUGGUUUGUUUUGAUAAUAAAAUUCCCAGUCUGUCA